UAGCAAUGGCAGAAAACUUACUUUAUGAUUUAGGUUUCUCGCACCCAUGGAGAUAGGCAGGAAGGAGGCUCUUCAAAACUUUCUCCACAACACCAUGGGAUAAUAAUUCAUCCUCUUCUUCUUCUUCGUUUCUCGUUUCCUCCUUUGCUCUAAUUCGAUCAUCUCCUUUUGCUUCCUUACAGAUCUUUUCAUGGUGCAAUGCCUACGUUUACAACCGUAGCUUUGGAUACUUUAAUCGAGCCGAAAGCUUCCAAGCUGGCAGCAACAGUGAAAACCAAACCCGAACCAAAACUGGAGAGGCGGAAUAGUGGCGGAAUUCCAGGCGCUAUCGAGAGAAAGCAUCAUUGGACUCAGAUUUCACCUGCGCUUUACGCUACUCCUAAACCGACCCCACUUCCAGAUUCCCCUUUAUCAUUUCCUACAUCACCUUACAUUGUUGACCAUAAGAGGCGCGGUCCCCGGCUUUCAAAGGCUUUGUCUCAGGAUGAUUCUAUUCUUCAUCAAGCCGUAGCUGAUGAACCAACUGUAAUGAUCAAGAAAAGUGUAGAAGCGGAGGAUAUCGAUUCUGGCACGGUUUUUGAUUUUGCAGAUGCUGUUUCUGGUGAUCUUAAGGAUAAACAUGUCAAGUUUCAGGCUAACGAGACACUUGGAACUGUUUCCGGUGUUUUAAGAAGGUCUGAUACAAUGGAACGAGAUGGUGAGAUAGAUCAUUUUUUUGAUCCUCAUGAUUCAAUGAGUGCUAAAAGCAACAAUGAUGGGGAAAGUAGUCAUGCAGUAGAGCGGUCUUUAAAUACCAACGCUCCGUUUGCUGAGUUUUUUGAUGCUUGGGAAGAACUAGCAACCGAGACCGGAAUUCAGCAUACUGCAACCGACAUCCAGGGUGAAAUACACGAAUUACAUUCAGGCUUUUUGAUUGAGAUGGAAAAAAGGAAGCAAGCAGAAGCCCGUUUAGACGACAUGAGAAGCCAAUGGAGAAGAAUCCGGGAACAAUUGUCUGUUGUUGGGCUAACCCUUCCUGCGGACCCUACAACGCUGGAGGAUGAAUCAACCGUUGAUCCCGGUGAAGAUCUAUGUCAUCAGGUCAAUGUUCUCCGAUUCGUCUCCAAUUCAGUUGGUAGAGGAACUGCUCGGGCUGAGCUGGAGGUCGAGAUGGAAGCCCAGUUGCAGUCAAAGAAUUUCGAGAUCAAUCGGUUGUUGGACAGACUACGUUACUAUGAAGCUGUUAAUCAUGAGAUGUCGCAAAGGAAUCAAGAAAAUGUUGAAACGAUGCGUAGGCUAAGGAGGAAGAGAAGACAGAGGUGGAUUUGGGGUUCGAUUGGUGUUGCGAUUACACUUGGAGGUACUGCGUUAGCAUGGUCUUAUCUUCCAACUGGAAAAGGAUCUUCUUCCACAGAUCCUUCCGGAAGCAAUCGUUCUGUUAAGUAGCAGCUAGCUACGUACCCUUGCCAAACAUGAUAUGUAAAGACAGCAAACAAUCUGACACGUCAUCAUUUUACAAGUAACCUUAAUUAGUCCUUAAAGUCACAUGCAUAGUUGUUAAUGGCGAAGUGAUGCAGAUUAGCAUGGAGGUUGUCUGACAAGAAAGAAUUCACACUUAGGGAGGUGAUAUACGUACAUAAUACACGCAUGUCUAAUAACAUGGAUUUACAUACAUUUUUGGCUGUAAUAAAAGCAUGGGUAACAGAUUACACAAUGAAUGCAAACAAAAUUUCUCA